AUGGAAGACCAAGUCAUACCACAGAGUAUCAAUCACCAAACCUUGAUCGUCCAAACUUCCUCUACCGACAUUGCUCACAUCAAGUUGCUAGAAGAAAAGGUCAAAAAAUUGGAAACCGAGAGCAAGAAAGUUAAAACUCAAAAUGCUAAUCUCAGGAGGACCAAUCGAGAGCUAAUGAAUGAAAAUAGAGAGCCAAGGUCGGUAGUUGAGGAUGAAGAGACAGGUAACAAUGUCAUCGAAGAUUUGAGGAGUCGAAGACAGGUAAUAGAGAAUAGAAUCAAAGGAUUAGAGAACCUGAGGAGUCAAAAUCAGCUAUUGGAGAAUAAGAUCAUAGGACUAGAACAUGAAGAUAGAUGUAAAGGAGACAGAAUCAAGGAGUUGGAAGAUCUUUUGCAACUUCAUCAUUACAAUUGUGUAGAAGAAAUCGAUAACCCCAAAAGUGAUAAGGCUCGACAAGCAGAAAUGGAUCGACGACUCAUCGAAACCCAGCAAGCCAUCGUAUCUAAGUUCGAAGAGAGGGUCAAACAGCUAGAAAAGGAGAAAAGUGACCUCGUUACCCGAAGCCGAACAGAGAAGAAGCAACUGGAAAGAGAAGGAGAAGAUAUCAAAGAGAUGUUCAGAGCUAGAAAGUAG